CAUCAGCAGCCAGGAGCAGUUCAUAUAGGGAGGGGUGGCGGACCUUUAUUCAUAUACUAGUACACAACUUUAACUGUGUCCCAUUUCUCUGUAGUGCUCUCUCUCUUCUCUAUAUUCUCUCCUCAGUUACAAAAAUUUCUGUGGAUGUCAUGGGUUCUGAACUCUGACUGCCUUAGUUCUUGAAAUUAGUCAUAUAGCCAGCCAGACAUGCCAGCUUAAUUAAAGACUAUAUAUAUUUCAAGAAUCUUUCUCAAAUUUACAAACCAAAACUAAAACUGAUGAGGUUUGUGGAAACCGGGCUGAUUGGGUUUUGGAAGGCUGAGGAAAGAAAUCCUUCAUGGAAAUUCCUCUUCUUGUUUUUCAUAUAUAGGCUGCUUUUGUGUUCUGGCUCGUGAUCGUGAUCGUGAUUUUUUGCCCUCUCUCUCUGUUGGAUGAUUUAGGGCUUCUGUUUUUAUAUUGGGAUGGGAGAUUCAAAUUGAGGCUAGCUAUUUCAUUAUGGAAGAUGGUCCCUUUACACUUCAUGACAUGUUUGCAAAGCUCUCUUCUGAUAACACUAUUAGUACUUCUGAUUUUAGUGAAUUCCUCUCCGAUGGUUUCUGGCUAGAGACAACUAAUCACGCCUCGAAUUUCCUUAUUCCCUCCUCUUUGGCUUCUCAGCCCCUUUUGUUAGAUACUACUAACGCAGGCCAUUCCCUUCCUACCGCAAAUCAAGAAGAAACUGACAAAGAUAAGAUUUUGUUUGCCCAAAUGGAUGAUUUUUCUCCAACUAGAAGAGAAAACUCUGAGACUUCCCCUCGUCGGUUGUGGAUUGGACCAAACAUAAACCCAAAUCCAACUUUAUCAGUGAAAAAGAGAUUGGUGCAAGCCAUUGAACACCUAAAAGAUUCCACAAGGGAUAAAGAUGUCCUAAUUCAGAUAUGGGUACCAGUCAAGAGAGGAGACAAACAUGUCCUUAUUACUAAUAAUCAACCUUACUUCCUCAACCCAAAUUUCCAGAGUCUAGUAGAGUACAGAUAUGUCUCCCAAAAUUACCAAUUUGCUGCUGAGAAGGAUUCAAAUGAGUUGGUUGGGUUGCCUGGCCGUGUUUUCUUGAAGAAGCUGCCAGAGUGGACUCCUGAUGUUCGUUUUUUCAAGCGGGAGGAGUAUCCACGAGUUAAUCAUGCUCAUCAGUAUAAUGUUAGGGGUUCCAUUGCAGUUCCUGUUUUUGAAACCGGCAGUGGAACUUGCUUGGGUGUUGUUGAGAUUGUGACUACUACUCAGAAAACUCACUAUCACCCCGAGCUUGAAGAUGUCUGCAAAGCUCUUGAGGCUGUUAAUCUAAGAAGUUCUGGUAUCUCAAAUCCUGCAAAAAUAAAGGACUGCAAUGAGUCGUACCUUGCUGCCUUGGCCGAGAUUCAAUAUAUCUUGACAUGUGUGUGUGAUACACACAAGUUGCCAUUGGCUCAGACUUGGGCCCCGUGCAUACAACAAGGUAAAGGUGGGUGCCUGCGAUCCGAUGAGAACUCUGCUUCUUGUGUUACCACAGUCGACGAAGCUUGCUAUGUGCGUGAUCCACAAGUGUUGCCUUUUCAUUACGCAUGUUCUGAGCAUCACUUGCUUAAAGGUGAAGGGGUUGCAGGUGGAGCAUUCAAUACAAAUCAGCCAUGUUUCGCUACAGAUAUUACGGCCUUUAGCAAGACAGAAUAUCCACUAUCACACCACGCCAGGAUGUUUGGAUUAUGUUCUGCUGUAGCAAUACGCCUUCGAAGUAUAUACACAGGGUCGGCUGACUUUGUUUUGGAGUUCUUCUUGCCACUUGAUUGCAAAAAUACUGAAGACCAAAAACAAAUGUUAAGUUCACUGUCUUCUGUGAUACAGCAAAGUUGCCGAAGCUUACGUGUUGUUACGGAUCAGGAAUUACUGGAGGAAAAAGAACUCCUACAACGUGAAAAGGUCAGCCUUUCUGCUGGUGAAUCACAUGAAGAAGUAUCAAGAAAACCAGUCUCUCCACCUUACAGGGAUGAAGAUGCUUCUUCCUGGCUUUCUCAAAUGACGGAUGUCCAAAGAAAGGGUAAAGGAGCCGCUAUUUCGCAAGAAGAAAAUUUUAAGGUGACAGCAAACCGUUGGAGGGAAUCCAUUCAUGCAUCUACAUACUCAGAGCCAAACCAGAUCCAGGAUAAUUUUGGACCCAAAGGAGGUUAUGGGGGUUCCUUAGAUUUUUCUUCUGGUACAGGAUCACAUUCCUCAGGUGCCAAGAGAGCAGGUGAAAGAAAACGGUCAAAGACCGAGAAGAGCAUCAGUUUGCAGGUACUCAGGCAGUACUUUGCCGGGAGCCUAAAAGAUGCUGCAAAAAAUAUUGGAGUUUGCCCUACAACUUUGAAAAGAAUAUGCAGGCAACACGGAAUCACAAGGUGGCCUUCUCGCAAGAUCAAGAAAGUGGGCCACUCGUUGCAGAAACUUCAACUUGUGAUUGAUUCAGUCCAUGGUGCCGAGGGUGCUAUUAAACUCAGUUCUUUCUACACUAACUUCCCAGAACUUACCUCUCCAAAUAAUCCAGGGACCAGUAAUUUAUCUGCUUCUAAGAACCAUGAUCAUCUGCAGCAAGUAAAUACUCAACCUGAUGGCAGUACAUUAAGCCCUGAUACCACUACUUCCAAGUCAACUUCUUCAUCUGGCAGUCAUAACUCCAGUUCAAGUUUAUUCUGUUCAACUGGUUCAAAGCAUUUAUUUCCUCUUACAAAUGUUUUUUCCACGGGGAAUGCCACAAUGGAAGAACACCCUGGAGGAAUGCUAAAGAGAGCACAUACAGAAGCAGAAUUGCAUGACGUGGGUCAAGAAGAAACCAAACUUUUGGUUCGAUCACAGAGUCAAAAAAUUCAAAGCAAUCACAAUUCUCUGGAACCUUUGUGUCCUUUGCCGACGAGUAGCAACCAGGUUAUACGGGAUUCGGCUACAUUUAAAGUAAAAGCCACUUUUGGGAAAGAAAAGAUUCGUUUCAGCCUGCAAUCACAUUGGGGUUUUAUAGAUGUUCUGCAAGAGGUCUUAAGGCGUUUCAAUAUAGAAGAUGGUAAAAUUGAUCUAAAAUAUUUGGAUGAUGACGACGAGUGGGUGCUUCUGACAUGUGAUGCUGAUCUUGAGGAAUGUGUAGAUAUACACAGAUUAUGUAAAAGGAAAACCAUUAAAGUCUCCCUCCACCAUGCUUACCAUCCCAAUCUUGGAAGUUCAUUUGGUAGCAGUGGCCCUGCCUAAAGCUAUAUUUGCUUUGCUUUACAAGUUUUUCCAGAUUUCGGGUCAGGUUUGCUUGCUACGAAGCUUGCAGCUUAUCACUGUGGAGGAUUCUUGGCAGACACAUGUAAGUAAAAAACGGCCUCACUUUUUAUUCCUAGUGUUAAUGUUGGAUGCACACGCACACAAAAUGGGAGAUGGCAGUUUAAAGCUACAACGUACUGUUUACACGAGUGGUUAAUGUGCCGUUGCAUGUCCAGUCAGAUGCAGCUAUUUGACAUUCUUGUUGAUUACACAAUGCAUACCCAUUGUAUUAAUGUUUUUUUAAAAAUCAAUGGGAAUGUAAUACGUAUAGAACAUACAAUUAUGCAUCGAGUGAGAUGGAUUCUUGGUCAAGCUGUUUGUGCACUUCGGGCAUGGUUUUCCCUUUGUGGGAGAGGAGAUAGUCUUCAGUGGUCAUUUGACAUUUAAACGAUUUGGGCAGUAAACCAUCAGAUACCCUCUCCGCAUUAGAUGUCUAAUAGUGUGUUUUAGCUAAGUUCCAACCUUAUGUAGUUGUUAUUGCAUUCACUACCAGGAGCCUAACAAAACUGUACUAAUGGCUUGGUAUCUACUUUAUGGAUCUUUCUGUUUUUGUAAAAAAGAUUCGUGGAAUGAAUUUCGAUA